CCAGUCCUUUCUUGUCUUUGUGCGCUUUUUUAUGUUCGUAAUAGUUGUAAACAUCUACAUCACGACUCAUUCAACUUGAUCAGUAAGGAUACAUCAUUUAUUCCACCCUACCGGCAGAUGCAUCAAGAAAGGGUGACCGAAAAUAAAGAAGGCAUGCCAUCGAAGGAAGCAGCAGUUCCGCCGCAACAGGAUCCACAGGAAGCAGUUGCAGGCGCUUCUGCCAGCUCGACAUCUUCCUUGAAGCGACCAGCUGCGGAACAAAAUGCUCCCGGAACAAAUGGCACGACUCAACAUACCGCCGUUGGCGGCCCCCACCCACCCACGAAAAAGCCUGUCCGUAUCUUCGGGAUGCCGGGAACUAUUGGCGGGGGCAACAACAUAAUCGCGGGAAAAGCCACGUCUGCGUCCUCGACCAAUCCGUCACCGCAGUUGUGGAAGUCGUUUUACCACGAUUCUCUGCACAUUUACUUUGGGGCGAAAACGCUAGAACACUUGCCUGAAAACAUCAACGACCCAGUCGUUGCAUACGGGCAACCAGUGGAGGCAAAUGUAAACAAGCAAAAUAAGAACCGCCUUCGAGUGGCCGCCUUCGACCUGGACAACACUUUGAUCAAAACUUCAUCCGGCAAGGUAUGACCCGCUCAAACGUUACAAUCUCAAAUGUUACAAUAGAGUCUGGGUUUUGUAUUGCAUGAUGAGCAUGACAGACUCGGACAGCAUUCCACUUUCUGCAAUACAAAUUUCGCCAGAUUGUAGUGCGGAUUGGGACUCCAGAACUUGUCAUGCGCAAUCCUAUGGGAGUAAGCUAGAUAAUGCGCUUCUUGCAACACAAAUUCCAGAUUCUAUUGUAACGUUUGAGAUUGUAACACCUGAGCAGCUUAUACAAGGUUUUUCCCAAGGAUAAGCACGACUGGCAGUGGUUAUAUCCGAAUAAUAUGGUGGUGAAGCGGUUGAAUGAGCUGGUUUGCGAAGUAAAAUCAGAUUCGAAUCCACCCAACACGAGUUCAUCUACUUUUACAACUCAAAUCUGGAUUUUCACAAAUCAAAACGGGCUUUCGCUGCACAAAAACAACCGGAAACAGCAGGAACUAAGGUUGAACGACUGGAAGUGGAAAUGCGAGCAAAUUUUGUCGAAAUUGGACGAGAAAACGAGGGACCGAGUCGUCAUCAUCGCCGCACUGGGGGAGAACUACUGCCGGAAGCCGGGCACCGGUGGGUACGAGUUUGUGGUGCAAGAGAUGAAGAAAAGAAAUCCAAACUUCGAGAUUGACACGCGCACUUCCUUCUACGUCGGCGACGCCGCGGGCCGGCCGGAGCGGGCCGGAAUUGCGAAGAAGGACUUUUCCAGUUCCGACUACAAGUUUGCGCUGAACCUGGGUUGGACGUUCUACAGCCCGGAGAAGUGGUUUCUGCAGGAAAAGGACGAGAAGUUCUACUCCUUCGGGGGGUUCGAUCCGCGGAAAUUCUUCGUGCCAUCGGUGACGCAGCUCAAAAACGCGAGCAGUCGAGAGCAGGAGCAGGGAGAAUCGCCGGAACACGACCCGCAUCAAGGAGAAGUUGAGCAAAACGAGCAAAACACGACGAGAACAAAAGCAGGCUCGUUUCGAAAGCAAGUGACAGAGCAGAUUUUGGGCCGUCCUGCUCGUGCAGCCACUUCUGAAGAACAAGUAGGGGUGAACAACAGCAACGAUGACAGCAGAAACACUUCUAGUACAAACCUCCACCUGGUUCUCCUGGUCGGUUCCCCCGGGUCCGGGAAAUCCACGCUGGCUGAGCAGCUCUUUUUCGACCAGGAGAGCAACCCGGACAGCAAGGCGUGGAUCUACGUGAACCAGGAGACGCUAAAGUCGCGCGACGCGUGUGUGGCGCGGUGCAAGUAUUGUAAGGAAAAAUCCCCCGUCCCCAUAUUGAAAGCGCAUCCCUCUCAAAAUUUGCGAUGCAGGUUUGUGACCACGAAUCCUGUCUGUCUUGCAAGAGGGCAAGCCCAGAGAGUCCGCCACAUUAUACAGGCGGUCUGUGAUGCUGCUCGGCUUACAGCAUAGACAUUUGUCAUGUUAGGCGCCUACGUCAAAACCCCUCGGCUCCGGCUUGGCAUAUGCCUCCAGUCCUCUACUGCAAGACGCAUCCGAUCUGUGUACGAAAAUCCAGCAUCAGAAACUUCGUUUCGAUAUGGGGAGGGGGCAUUUUUCCUUUUGAUAGCAAGAAGGGGUUGUUUGAAGAGAAGAAAAACUGCUUGGUGGACAACACCAACCGGGAUGUGAAAACCAGAAAAGACUAUUACGACCUGAUCGCGUCAUUCCGGUCCAAGCAAGAAGGGGACGAGCAGAAGAGCACUAGUAACUUCGUCACCGUAACUUGCUCCGUCAUUCAUUUCGAUGUUCCGAGAGAGUACGCGGUCCACUUUAACGUCGUGCGGGCGCGGUGCAAGGAGAAGAGUAUUCCGGAGAUGGCGAUUAAUGGCUUUUACAAAACCGUGGAGAGGCCCGAAGUGGGGGAGUACACGAAAGUUGUGGAAAAACAAAAACCCGAGGUAACAAAUGCUGCUGCGGGGACUGGUGCGGCCACAGGUAGUGGUACUUCUUGCACCGCAACCGCAGAUAUGUCUUUGGCGAGCGAGAAAAACGCGGUGAAUGAUAAAAGAGAAGAUCAGUCGUAUUUUUAUCCCCACAAUGUUUUUCGGUUUAGGAUGGAAGACUUCUGUUGUCUCCCUCUGAAACAAAUGUCCGAGGAAAAAAGAAAGAUGCUCACUUUGUUUCAAUGAAUUUCGAUCAACCUAAAGAAGCAAAAAGGAGGAAACUCUCUUUCUCAGCCUCGGUCGCACGUCU